AGCCCUAGAUAUGGGGGAAUCGAUUAGGGUUUUUGGGUGCGUGAGAUUCAUUCAAAUGGCAUCCAUGUGUCCAGAUAGGGAAGUGGAGGAUGGGAUCGCCGCCCCGCUCGCUUGCAAUGGCAGUGCGAAUCGUGUGAACGACGACUCGGACGAUGAUAAGCCUCAAUCCUUCGGCGUGAAUAAGGGAGCUCCAGCAAUGGAUCUUAAGCGCCAAGUCAAGGACGAGGAGCAGCCAAAUGGAUCGUCCUCCAGAUUGGAGGCUUCCAGCAAGCCCAGCAGUUCCAAAGUUCCUUCUCCUGGCAGUGCGACCAAGCCUGCUCCCUUGAAAACUUUCGCAAAGCGCUCGCUUAAAUCGCUGGAGAGCCCGGAGAGCGCUCCCAGGAAGAAGGCCAAGACCGAGGUAGACGAUGGCGAUGGUGGCUCUUCCGUGAGGAGGCUCAUUGAGGCGUCGAGGAAGCCUGGGAAGAUUGACGCUCCCAAGAAGAUCGAUGCGUCGAAGAAUGCAAAGGUGGCCGUGAAGAAGGAAGCCGCGAGCUCCUCCAGGAAAGUUGACGGUUCCAAGACGAGGAAGCGAGUUCUAGACGAAGCGGAGACGAAGAAGGCAGUCGUGAAGAAAGCCAAAGUCGAGAAAGAAGAGAGCGAGGAGAUGGAGGAGGAGGAGGAGGAGGAGGAGGAGGAGGAAGGGGAGGAGGAUGAUUUCGAAGGCUCGGAGGUUUCAAAGAAGGUUGUCAUGAGGAAGUCGGCAUCGUCUUCCGGCAAGAAGAAAGUGGUGGAGACGAAGAUCACGAAGAAAACGGUUGUGAAGAAGGGAGGAAAGGAUGGUAAUGGUGGACAGAAGUGGACGACGCUGGAGCACAAUGGUGUCAUGUUUCCUCCGGCUUAUCAGCCUCAUGGAGUGAAGAUGCUCUACAAUGGCGAGCCAGUGGAUCUUACUCCGGCACAGGAAGAGGUUGCCACAAUGUAUGCCGUGAUGAAAGACACGGACUACGCAACGCAGGCCAAGUUUAACAGCAACUUCUGGCAAGAUUGGAAAAAGAUUCUCGGUUCAAACCAUGUCAUAAAGAAGCUGGAGCUUUGCGACUUCACUCCGAUUUACGACUGGUACCAAAGCGAGAAGGAGAAGAAGAAGCAACUGAGCUCUGCGGAGAAGAAGCAACUAAGAGAUGAGAAGGCCAAGGCGGAAGAAAAAUACACCUGGGCGCUUGUUGACGGGGUGAAGGAAAAAGUUGGAAACUUUCGAGUGGAACCUCCAGGCCUUUUCAGGGGGCGCGGUCAGCAUCCUAAGAUGGGAAAGCUCAAAAGGCGAAUUUUUCCCGAAAAUAUCGUCAUCAAUAUUGGAAAGGGUGCUCCCGUUCCGGAGUGUCCGAUGCCCGGUCACAACUGGAAAGAAAUUCGGCACGACAAUACAGUCACUUGGCUCGCGUUUUGGAACGAUCCGAUUAACGAGAAGGAGUUUAAGUACGUGUUUUUGCACCCAAGCAGUAGCCUCAAGGCUCAGAGUGACAUGAAGAAAUACGAGAAGGCUAGACAGCUGAAGGAUUACAUUGACAAGAUCCGGAAAACAUAUACGAAAGACUUCGGCUCUACAGAUCCCACAAAAAGACAGAUUGCAGUUGCAACUUAUCUCAUAGACAGGCUUGCCCUUAGAGCAGGAAAUGAGAAGGAUGACGAUGAAGCUGAUACCGUAGGCUGCUGUUCUUUGAAAGUAGAGCACGUCAAACUUUUGGAUUCGAAAAAAAUCGAGUUCGAUUUUCUCGGAAAGGAUUCCAUCAGAUAUCUCAACGAAGUAGCUGUCGAAGAGAAAGUUUUCAAGGCUAUAGGGGAUUUUCAGAAAGGGAAGAAAAGCGGCGAUGAUUUGUUUGACAGGCUAGACACAAACAAAUUGAAUGCUCAUUUGAAGGAGUUCAUGCCGGAGCUCACUGCAAAGGUUUUCAGAACGUAUAAUGCCUCCAUCACUCUCGAUAACCAGCUCGAGCAUACGGAUGGCUCAAUCGUCCCGGAAAAAAUUGGAGACUACCAACGAGCAAACAAAGAGGUGGCUGUUCUCUGUAAUCAUCAACGGACGGUGUCCAAGAGCCAUGGCGCCCAGAUGGAAAAACUCGAAGGAAAAAUGGCCGAGCUAAAGGCUCUGCGUGAAGAGAUUGUUAUAGACUUGGAGAGAGCUAGGAAGGGAAAGCCUCCUCGGAAGGAUGAAGAUGGCAAGACAAAGAGGAACCAAAGUCCAGAACAGCUGGAGAAGAAGCUAGAGCAAACCGAUAACAAGAUCCAAAAGAUGGAACUGGACAUGAAAGUUAAGGACGAUCUCAAGACAGUCGCUCUGGGAACUUCCAAGAUCAACUAUCUGGACCCACGAAUCACCGUCGCUUGGUGCAAGAGGAACGACGUACCCAUCGAAAAGAUUUUCACGAAAUCUUUGCUCCAGAAAUUCACCUGGGCAUUGGAAGCGGAACCAACAUUCCGGUUCUAACCCAAGAGAAAUCCGUGCCGGUGUACCAUUAUGUGAAGAAGGUUUUGAGCAAGAAAACGUUGACAACGUUGGAGAGAACUCAGUAUGGACCGCAAAAGCAAUCGUUUGCUCGUCGCUCGUCCCAGGCCUCAACCUGCAUUGACACCACCACCAUUCGAGUUUUUUUUUAUUUUUUUUUGGUUUUUCAGUCUCAUCGCCUCGGCUCGAGAGGAAAAAGAGGAUUCUUUACCCAUUCGAUGGGGCACAAUGACUUGUAAGCUCGCCUGUACUUCUCACA